CUCUCUCUCUCUUAACACCCUCUCUAUCUGGGUUUUUCCUGUCCUGAUUCUCAGGAGCUCCAACGUCUCCGUCAAUGGCGAAUGGCGAAUGGCGAAUGCCUCUGUUUCUGUUUUCUGUGUGUUUUUUUUUGUUGCUCAUUCCGGCGUCCCAUUCCGAGUUUUUUUUUCCAUUUCAGUUGCAUAAAGUCGCAAACCGCUGUGAUUCUAUUGCCGUUCGGGAGACUAUCAAGACACAACGAUGGUCAGUCCGAUGGUGAGAAUGGAGAACGAUGACGUCGUGGGUCCGCCAUGGCUGGUGCCGAUGCUCCAAGCUAAGUACUUCGUCCCUUGCUCUGUUCAUGCCGAUUCGAGCAAGAGCGAAUGCAAUUUGUUCUGCUUGGAUUGUACGGGAUACGCCUUUUGCUCCUACUGUUCAAUUCACCACAAAGAUCAUCGCGUCGUCCAGAUUCGACGAUCUUCGUACCACGACGUGGUUCGAGUGAACGAGAUUCAGAAACACAUUGACAUUUCCUGUGUCCAAACUUACACUAUCAACAGCGCGAAGAUCUUGUUCUUGAAUGAGAGACCUCAGCCGCGUCCCGGGAAAGGCAUCACGAACACCUGCGAAAUCUGCAGCCGUAGCCUCCUCGAUGCGUUCCGGUUCUGUUCUCUCGGUUGCAAGCUAGGAGGAAUCAGACAUGGAGACCCAAACCUCACAUUUGCUCUGAGAGGAGAGGGCGGCAGAGAUACGUUCUGUCUUUGUCCGGAUUCCGGGGAGUCCGAGGCUCCGGCGAAGAUUCGGAAGACGGGCAUUUUCAGCCGUUUGGUCGAUGGAAUCUCAAUCGGGGUCGAUCAUGAUCAACGGUCCACAAGCUCCGGCGAUGAGACGUUCACAAAUGUUCUGUCGCCGGGGACUCCUCCGAUUUACAACCUCCGGAAUUCUCCUCGCCGGCAGCGGAGAAAGGGUAUGCCUCACCGAGCGCCCUUCUAAGUGGAAAAAAAUAAAUUGUCAUCCAUCAUGGGAAUUCUAGCAAUAGAAGGAUGAUGGUAAAUGGAAUGUUACAUGUGUAAAUAUGUUAGAAAAAAUAUAACUGCAAGUGUGAUUUUCGAUAGUUUUGGGGAAUAAUAAAAACCAGUUUAUCAUCAUUUGUCCCUUUUUCAA